AGUGAAAUGCUGUUUACAUUUUUUUCUGCAGGAGGAAAAAUGUGUCGAAUGUCCACUGGGCACAUACGGCAUAAACUGCACUUCAAGCUGUCCAAGUAAUCAUUUUGGGAGUAAAUGUCUUCAAACGUGUAAUUGUUCUAAAGAUCAGAUUUGUGAUGACAAGUAUGGUUGCAGGACUCCAGAAUUUUACAAAGAACUGUACGAUGAUUGCACCAGUGGAAUAAGCAACACAACAACAAAAUGCUGUACGAACCAGAGGAUACAUGGAGAUAAUUGUCAAGAUUGUUGGAAUGGAACGUAUGGGGUUGAUUGUCGAUAUAAAUGUCCACAAAACCGUUAUGGACGAUUCUGUUUAAACAGAUGUAACUGUGCAGCAAAUGAGUCGUGUCAUUAUGCUUAUGGUUGCAACAUUCAAACAAGAUGUUCACGUAAUCGUUUUGGAGAUGGAUGUCGGGGAGUUUGUUCUUGUUCUAAAGAUCAGAUUUGCGACUACAAAAAUGGUUGCAGACUCAGGCCUCCAGAAUAUUUCAAAGAACUUUAUGAUGAUUGCUCUAAUGGAAUGAGCAACAAAACAACAAAAUGCUGCACAAACCAGAGAGUAUUAGGAGAGGAUUGUCAAGAUUGUUGGAAUGGAACAUAUGGGAAUGAUUGUAAACAUAAAUGUCCUCAAAACCGUUAUGGAAGAUUCUGUUUAAACAGAUGUAACUGUGCAGCAAAUGAGUCGUGUCAUUAUGCUACUGGUUGUAACAUUACUACUGGUAACAUGAGAGAGCGAGAUCUUGGAGCAGAAGAAGAGGAAGAUUUUGGAACAGAAGAUGAUGGUUCACUUUGGAUUAAAAUUCCUGGAAUAAGUCUUGGAGUUAUCGUUAUCAUACUCAUCGGAAUUUUCAUUUUUAUAAGGAUCAAAAUGCGCACAGGGAGAAAAUGGGACAACUUCGUCCAAGGGAAUCCAUUAUCAUCAAAUUUACACGCUGGCGCAAGUGUGACCACCCUAUUAUCGACGACAUCUUUUAGAAAAGAGGACAAACCGAAAGUGAAGGUUUCUGAUUAUCCAACCCUUAAAGCAUCACAGGACGUCGAUAAAUGUUUUGAUUCAUAUCACACAAUAAGGAGAGAUGAUUUCCACCAAAAUAGAAGGUCUAUACCAAUAUUUUUUAGAAGAAGUACAGAUAGAAAUAAAUUGAAGUCUUCUACGUUGCCAGUUUCAGGACUUCGAUCAAACUUUCAAGGCGGUAAUACAGGUGAUGUUUAUCUGAUCAAGAAGCCAGAGAAACACUCUAAAGAAGACUUUCGGGGUAAUGGAAAUGAUACUGGUCAACAUGUGCUUCACAAAGUGGAAAGCGGAGGUCAAUUUACUUAUGAGCAAAAUAUGACAUCCAAUGCACAGGAUACUGAUUCUAAAUCAAAUCAAAACGCAGUCCGAUACAGCCUUGUGAAAUGUGUAUAAGAUUAUUUCCUAAAAAGUCUUAAUCAUGGUUUUGACCCCCAAAGCAGCAAAAAAAUUAUAUUAUCCCCGUCUUUGUAUAAUAUUUACAAGAUUCACAAAACAAUCAUCACUUUGUCGUACAAUCAGAAUGUUGUCACAUUGAAAUUGGAAAUUCAUAGACAAAGAGUAAACUUUGAUGGCAGGUGUCAAAACACUAUUCUAGUACUCUUUUAAUUUUACACACGAAGAACAAUUAUAACAAGUGGAAUCAGAAAAAAAAAAUUCAAAUAGAAUUGAUUUAGAUCUACUGCAAGUUUACUCUUAAGUCAAGAGGUUCGAUAUUAAACAGACCUACACCUAAAAAAUGACCAUUUUUAAAUGUUGCACUGAGAACAGAUGAGAAAAGUUCAGCAAGAAGUCUAAAUACCUCCCCGAGUACAUUUUCAGUGUCUGCAAAAAAAGCUUAGAGUAACAUGGGGAUUUUGAAGAAAGGGACUCUAAAAGAGUCUAGCGCUAAAAUCGCAAGAAUGAAUAUAUGCACUUCGUCAAAAAGGGUUGCCAUUAGAAAAGAAAUAUUUUUAUAUUCAGUCUUUUGAUAUUAUAUGUAUAAAGUAUUUUUUAUCAAUUUCAUUAUAUUUUACAUUUUUUCCUGUUCUAGAAUCAAUAUGCGUCGAGAAAGUAAGUAGGAUAACUUUACUGAGAAGAUAAAUUGAAUGUAAACACUUAAGCCUUCAUUAAAAAACUUCAUGUGUAAUUGUGAUUCCCAGUAUAUGACUUGAUAUUUUUCCUGUUUCCACAGAAAAUGUUUUGUAAAAAUGUUUCUAAAAGAAUUUCAAUAGGACAUAUUAACUGUUUAUACAACUAUUCCUUACAAUGUUGAGUCCUGGCUUUUUGGCAUCAUAAACAGCUGCUUUUUUCAAUAAAUAUUGAAUCCAAAAUGUUCUUCAUUGGUCGUUUGAAAAGUAAUUUUGUGUCUCUAUUCAAAUUAAUGUAAUCCGAAGUUUAUAUGAACAACAUAAUCAAUCGAUUUCUGACAGAAAAUUUCUAGGCUUUAUCAAAAGAUUUCUU